AUGUCGGGGGCUCCACCGUACAGCUUACGAUCUCCUCCACCCGCCCAGCAAUCAACUUACAACUCCUACUCUUCUUCACCUCCGAAAGGUCGACCGUAUUAUCCAAAUGAUGAUCGCUAUCAACAACACCCCCCCGAGACACCUCAAGCCUACGGUUCAUCAUAUUCCCGAAGUCCGCAUUUUGUUCAUGCCAGUUCUCCGCUUGCCAACACUUUGCCUCCCUUGAACGGCGGUCCUCAUUCGGAUACUUCACCUUCUUACCCAGGACAACAUCCAGCGUCAGGGCCUUCUGGUUUCUCUCUACCACGCAUUCAUACUGCCCACGGUAUGUCUGAUACUCGCCCUUCUUCGUAUGGACAACCAGGACACUCGCAUCCGCCAAGCCGUCUUGACAGUCAAUUGUUGUCCCCAAAGAAAGAUCCGGAUACUUCCUUCAUGUCUGCUCGCGAGAAUGGCUCUAGCAGAUAUAUUGCCCACUCUCCGAAACCUACACGUACUGCCGAUCCAAUGUCUUUUGCGAGCAUUCUUUCGGAACCUACCGAGGACACACCACCACCUCGACGAGCUUCGCCGCCACCUCCUCCCCCUCCGUCGCAUCCCCUGAUUCUGAACAAGGAGCCGGAGCCAACCCCGGUAUUGCCUCUUCCUAGAUUGGAAAAGAAACCCAGUGUGGAAAAGCGGCCACUUACUUUUGAUCGGGAGGAAAAGAUUCCUCUACCAACCCGUGAAAAUGGCUCCAAGAAACAACAGGAGAAGCCGGCCCCUGUCGUUCAAGCGCGGCCUAUGCCAGGGCCACGUUUGACACAGAAGGAUCUCGAUGCAAUUGAGCGAAAAAUGGCAGAGAUUGAUAGGGCCGAAAAGAGUGAUGUCGAGGACGAUACAGGCUUUGAGGCGGAGUUCAAGCUUUAUAUUGCUAAGAGCAAGAAGCGUGCCAUGGAAGCUGAUAACUUGGAGUCUCACAAGAUCAAGCGCCGUCGUAACGAAUUCCUCAUGAAGCUGAGCGCAAAUUUUGCAAGCGGCGCAGAAGCCGGUGCCGAGCGUUUCCGAAGAGUAAACGAGCGAGAAGUCAUCUCUGAGGUCCAACGCAAGGAAGUCCAGGAUGAGAAAGAGCGCAAGAAGGAUAUGCAGCGAAAGCGUCGUCGCGAGAACACCGUGCGUAUCGAAACUGCCAAGAAGCUUGAGGCUGAACGUCGGGCCAAGCGUACUGUCGAUCCUAUCGAGAAAGAGAAACUUCUGCGGGAAGCCGAAAAGGCCCAGAAGAAGAUCAAAGGCGUUAAACGGGCUCUUGAGAGAGGCAAUCAACCGGCAGAAAUAAGCGAGGUCACUCCUCUCGCUCCCAAUAUGGAAGGUGGAACUACAAGCACAUUUCACAUUGGCAAAGAGAAAUCGCCAUCUGCGAAGAAGAGACCAUCUCGGCCUACACCUUCAGCUCGUCCGAAGAAGUCAAAAGAGAAGAAGCAGGCCGAGAAGGAUGCGGCCGAGAUGGCUUAUUUGGCGGCAGAGAGAGAUGAGCUGAUAGCUAUUCUACCCAAAGAUGAACUUCGCGCUGCCACUACCAAGAAGGAUGCGAAGGGCGCACGUUCGGAAGAAGCUACGCCCACACCCGCUACCUCCUUUGAGACCAAGGGUUAUAACCAAAUAUACGAGCAAAUAUGGCGUGACAUUGCUAGGAAAGAUAUUCCUAAAGUUUAUCGCAUCAAGACCAUGUCGCUCAGCACUCGUCAAGAAAACUUGCGUAAGACGGCGCAAUUAGCCAGCAAACAGUCCCGCAAAUGGCAAGAGCGAACCAACAAGAGCACAAAGGAUACGCAAGCACGAGCUAAGCGUACCAUGCGUGAAAUGAUGUCGUUCUGGAAGAGGAACGAGCGCGAGGAGCGUGAUCUACGUCGUAUGGCAGAGAAGCAAGAAUUAGAGAUGGCCAAGAAAGCAGAAGCCGAUCGCGAAGCCAACCGCCAGAAGCGAAAGCUCAACUUUCUUAUCUCCCAGACCGAGCUAUAUUCUCACUUUAUCGGUCGUAAGAUCAAAACCGACGAAGCAGAAGCGACAAGCGACCCGUCCGUGCAAGCAACUGGUGAAACGGUGCAGCCAGGAAAGCCGAAUGUUCACACUAUCAAUCUGCCCGACAGUGUAGCAGAUACCAAGACCAAGGUUACUGCAUUCGAGGAUCUUGAUUUCGAUGCUGAAGACGAAACUGAACUUCGCCGAGCUGCAAUGGCCAAUGCUCAAAAUGCAGUGGAAGAAGCCCAGGCUCGUGCACGAGCCUUUAACAAUGAGGAGAAUCCAAUGGCGGCACUCGAUGAGGGGGAAAUGAACUUCCAGAACCCGACUAGUUUGGGUGAUAUUCAGAUUUCGCAGCCAAAGAUGCUUACUGCUCAGCUCAAGGAGUACCAAUUGAAAGGUCUUAACUGGCUUGUUAAUCUUUACGAGCAAGGUAUCAACGGUAUCUUGGCAGAUGAGAUGGGUCUUGGUAAAACAGUCCAGUCGAUUUCUGUUAUGGCAUAUCUUGCUGAGGUGCACAAUAUCUGGGGCCCAUUCUUGGUUAUUGCUCCGGCAUCCACGCUUCACAACUGGCAGCAGGAAAUCACCAAGUUCGUCCCAGAUAUCAAGGUGUUACCGUAUUGGGGCUCUGCAAAGGAUCGCAAGAUUCUGCGCAAGUUCUGGGACCGUAAGCAUCUCACAUACACCAGGGAGUCGGAGUUCCACGUUCUUGUGACUUCCUACCAGCUCGUUGUCCUGGAUGCUCAAUACUUCCAGAAAGUCAAAUGGCAGUAUAUGAUUCUCGAUGAAGCUCAGGCUAUCAAAUCAUCACAGAGUUCACGAUGGAAGAAUCUGUUGGGUUUCUCUUGCCGUAACCGACUCUUGCUCACGGGUACUCCUAUCCAGAAUAACAUGCAAGAACUUUGGGCUCUGUUGCACUUCAUCAUGCCUACAUUGUUCGACUCUCACGACGAAUUCAGCGAAUGGUUCUCCAAGGAUAUCGAGUCCCACGCUCAGAGCAAUACCAAACUCAACGAAGAUCAACUCCGGCGUCUUCACAUGAUUCUCAAACCGUUCAUGCUUCGUCGUGUCAAGAAGCAUGUGCAGCAGGAGUUGGGUGACAAGGUUGAAAAGGAUGUCUUCUGUGACCUAACGUACCGCCAGCGAGCCUACUAUUCGAACUUGAGGAAUCGCGUGAGCAUCAUGGAUUUGAUUGAGAAGGCUGCUGUUGGUGACGAAACUGAUAGCACUACUUUGAUGAACCUUGUGAUGCAGUUCCGCAAAGUCUGCAAUCAUCCAGAUUUGUUUGAACGUGCUGAUACUCACUCUCCAUUCUCUAUGGCUCACUUCGCAGAGACUGGAUCAUUCUUAAGAGAAGGUCACUUUGUUGAUGUGCGCUAUUCAACACGCAAUUUCAUCAAGUAUGACCUUCCUCGCUUACUAUUCAGCGAUGAUGGGCGUCUUGAUAUCCCGGGAUCAAACAACCCAAAAGCUGGUUUCCGCAACAAGUACCUUUCACAUCUCAUGAAUAUUUGGUCACCAGAAAACAUCAAAAAGAGCAUAACUGAUGAUCAAGCCUUUUCCUUUUUGCGAUUUGUCGAUGUCUCCCCACAAGAAGCCUACGAAACCUCUCGCGUAGGGCUUUUUGAACGUGCAGUACGUCGACGUGGUGUGCCGAACCGGUUCUCGCGAUUUAAUGUGGCAUAUGACAAAUCGGACGGUGAUAACAUCAAUUCCAUCCUUACUCACUCGCUUUUCAAUGUUGUCGAGCGCAACGAUAGCACUGCCCUUUAUGAUUCAUCUACCGAAGGAUAUAUGCGCGAACUUUUGACGGUGUCACAACGGACAUUUGAGAAAGAAGGAUUGGCAGUAAUCGAGCCCGCAGCUCGUCCAGCGGCCGCUGCGCCUCCAAUAACCAUUUCCUGUUCUGGCCAAGCAGCAGCAAAGGAGACAAACGAUGUGCUUUUUAAUGUACCUGCUCGCCAGGCUCUCUUCGCUACUUAUAGCCGCCAAUUGGAUGAACAGAUUGUAGAGAAGGGAUUAGAUCCUGCACCUUACUCGCAUGCUCCAAUGCUACCUGAGCCGAUUUCGUACAAGGCGCGCUACACCAAGAUUGAAAUACCGUCCAUGAGACGGUUUGUGACCGACUCCGGAAAAUUGGCGAAAUUAGACGAGCUCCUUCGCGAACUCAAAAAUGGCGGUCACCGUGUGCUUCUUUAUUUCCAAAUGACUCGAAUGAUUGACUUGAUGGAAGAGUACUUGACGUACCGCAAUUAUAAAUAUUGUCGACUUGACGGAAGCACCAAACUUGAAGAUCGUCGUGACACAGUUGCAGAUUUCCAGCAUCGUCCUGAGAUAUUCGUAUUCCUGCUUUCAACCCGUGCUGGUGGUCUUGGUAUCAACCUUACAGCUGCAGAUACUGUCAUCUUCUAUGACUCUGAUUGGAAUCCUACUAUUGAUUCACAGGCCAUGGACAGAGCGCAUCGGUUGGGCCAAACACGACAAGUCACGGUAUAUCGUCUAAUCACUCGCGGCACAAUCGAAGAGCGGAUCCGGAAGCGCGCUCUGCAAAAGGAAGAAGUGCAGCGAGUUGUCAUUUCAGGUGGCGCUGCUGGUGGUGUUGAUUUCAACACUCGUCAUCGUGAGAACCGCACUAAGGACAUUGCUAUGUGGCUUGCAGACGAUGAACAAGCCGAGUUGAUUGAACAAAAAGAGCGAGAAGCGAUAGAACGCGGAGAAGAUCCGGCUGCCAAGAAGGGGAAGAAGGCCCAAUACAAGAAGAAGAAGGAUCUUACAUUGGAUGAUAUGUAUCAUGAGGGCGAAGGGCAUUUCGACGAUGUCAGCGCCAAACCUUCUGGUGCCGCAACACCUGUCUCUGGUGAAAUCGCUGCGACUUCAUCUUCACUAGGCAAGAAGCGCAGUAAAACUGCCAAGGGACCUUCGAAGCGCGCAAAGACGACCAAGGAGCGUUUGCGUUUAAUUGACGGCGACAACGAUCCUAUAGAUGAGUGAUGAUUGAGAAUCUGUGGACUAUAUUCAUCGCCUCUUCGAAUUUCGACAUUAUUCUUCUGCAUGAUUUUUUAGACUCGGAGUUUGUCCUUCCCUGUCUGUUCUUCAUUACUACUGUUUCAUUUUAUUGUCUGCAUGCACAUGAGUAAUCGAACCUUUGUGCGUCGCAUUAUCCAUUUCGAUUCGAUUCUUCCUGGUGUGCCGUUUGUUUUCCUUUCUUGUACUCAAAAAACUUUCCAUGACGCGAGAAAACUUUGUUAUAUGGGGGAAUUGGAUAAGGUCUGGGAUUUUGUCUUUUCAUCUUCUUCUUUACUGUAUCAUUAGUCUAAUGUGAACAUUGUGUGAGUGUAUGAAUUGCUCGGUUAUUAUUUUCCAUAUUCAAUUUGUCGUUGCAGACUUUUGUCCUUUCCAGGCCGUUGAUAAUAUUCAUGCAUGCUAAACAAAAAAUAAGGAUAGAACAAGAGACCGAGUGGUUUCAAGGAUAUGGCAUUCGAUCUUUCAUAUUUAUUCUAAGCGAUAUUAUGGACAUCCAUGGAUCGAGUUCUCCCUUCACCACCGUUCAGAAGGUCCAUAUAUUCGUCGUAGUUCCGAAGAUGGGACCGGUUACUCUUGAUAUAAUAUACGCUCAUCACACCUAUUAAUGAAUAUUUGCGAC